CUUCAGACCUGACUGCCUAUAGUUCGCUGUCUUCACAAGCUGUGCCAGUCGGUCGAGAACUGCCUCACGUUCAUCCACUCCCUGUCCUAAAGAGAAUGGAUCCCCAAGGCUUGAGGGAUGAUCUCCGUCUGUUUCAGAGCACUUUGCUGCAGGAUGGACUCAAAGAGCUUCUGAAUGAGAACAAGUUAAUCGACUGCAUCCUUAAGGUUGAAGACAGAAGCAUCCCCUGCCACCGGCUCAUUCUGGCAGCAUGUAGUCCUUAUUUCCGGGAGAUUUGCUUCUCAGAGGAUGGCAAGGAGGCGAACAAAACCGAGGUUGUUCUGGAGAACCUGGACCCCAAUGUUAUGGAGGUCAUUUUGAAUUACAUGUACUCAGCAGAAAUAGACAUCAAUGACAACAAUGUGCAGGAUAUUUUGGCUGUUUCCAAUCGCUUCCAGAUCCCCUCAGUGUUCACGGUUUGUGUGAAUUACCUGCAGAAGAAGCUGUCGAAGAAGAACUGCCUUGCCAUCUACAGGCUAGGACUGGUGCUGAACUCCGUCAGACUGGCAAUGGCAGCUCGAGAUUACAUUGCAGAUCGGUUUGAGAGCAUGGCCACGGAUGAGGAUUUCUUAGAGCUCGCUCCACUUGAACUCUUUGCUAUUGUUGGAGCAGAUGCACUGAAUGUAGAGAAUGAGGAGGUGGUGUUUGAGUCUGUCAUGAGGUGGAUCAGGAAGGACAAAGAGAAGCGCAUGAAAUCCUUGGGAGAGGCCUUUGAUUGCGUUCGCUUCCGUUUGCUCCCUGAGAAGUACUUCAAGGACAAGGUAGAAAAAGAUGACCUCAUCAAGGCUGAUCCAGAGCUUCUCAAGAAACUCAAAGUCAUCAAGGAAGCCUUUGCGGGGAAGCUGCCCGAGAAGAAAAAAGGAGAAGAUAAUGAGGAAGGAGAGGAGGAAAAAUUGCCAGGCUACCUGAAUGAUACCCGCAGAUAUGGCAUGCAUGCCAAAGACAUGGUGUUGAUGAUCAGUGACACUGCUGCCGUGGCCUAUGACAGCCAGGAGAACGAAUGUUUUCUUGCGGCGAUGUCUGAGCAGAUCCCACGAAACCACAUCAGUCUGACGUCAAAGAAGAACAAUCUGUAUGUGUUGGGAGGCCUCUUUGUUGAUGAGGAGGACAAAGAAAACCCGUUGCAAUGUUACUUCUACCAGUUGGACAGUCUUGCUGCUGAAUGGACCGCUCUGCCACCAAUGACCUCCCCCAGGUGUCUCUUCGGUAUGGGGGAAUUUGAAAAUCUCAUCUUUGCUGUGGCAGGAAAAGAUUUACAGUCCAACGAGUCGCACGACACUGUGAUGUGCUAUGACACUGAAAAAAUGAAGUGGACUGAGACGAAAAAGUUGCCCAUGAAAAUCCACGGCCACUGUGUGGUCUCCGAGAACGGGCUGGUGUACUGCAUUGGAGGCAAAACUGAUGACAAUAAAUCAACCAACAAGAUGUUUGCAUACAACCACAAGAGGUCAGAGUGGAAGGAGGUGGCUUCCAUGACGACGCCCAGAUCGAUGUUUGGAGCAGUUUUCCACAAAGGGAAGAUUGUUGUGGCUGGAGGAGUCAAUGAAGAAGGCAUCACGUCUGCAUGUGAAGCCUAUGACUUUGGAACCGACAAGUGGUCACCCUUCACAGAGUUUCCCCAGGAGAGGAGUUCAGUCAACCUGGUCAGCUGUGGUGGGCAGCUGUACGCUGUGGGAGGCUUCGCCAUGGUUGAGAACGAGAACAAAGAGUGUGCACCCAGCGAAAUGCUUGACAUAUGGCAGUAUGAAGAUGACAAGAAACAGUGGAGUGGUAUGAUCAGAGAGAUGCGUUACACUGCUGGAGCCUCCUGUGUGUCCAUGCGUCUGAAUUCGGCCAGAAUGCCCAAACUGUAACUACAGUUCAGUUCAGGGACAUUUCACUUUACUGCUCUUUGUUGUCUUUAAUCAUUUCAACAUAUCAGACACAUCCUUUGCUUAUACUGAGGUUUUUUUUUUAUAUAUAUAUAUAUAUAUAUAUAUAUAUAAAAUGUUAAUCAUGAUCAGAAAUGUCUAACAUGAAAGAGUUACUGUGAUUUGGACCAGAAAUUGUCUUGAUCUUACUCAUUAUAUAUGAAUAUUAUUAUGGCCAGCAGGAAAUGGUUUGAGAAAUAAAAUAUAAUACAUAAUAAAUAAAUAUCUUCUGUCAAUCUGGAAAUGUUCCUCUUCCAUGAGUAUUUUAACUCUUCAGUAUUAACGUAUCACCCACAGACUUACUGUUUGUCAUUUUAGUUUUUUUGUGUUUCAAAGCAUUUUUAACACAGCUCAUAAGAUAAUUGGAUUUCACUCCUGUGUAUAUGCCUGAUGAACUUUAACUUUACCCUUUCAAAGCAAUUUAAAAGAUAACUAGUCAAAUGGCUGCUGAUGUUCACGUUGAAAGGUGAGUGUAAAUUUGUAUAGAUAGCCAAGAGAAAUUAACUAUCCGGUGUCGUUAUUUUUCAGUGACUUUGCACCUGGACUCCAGUGAAAGCACAUCUUUUCUUUUGCAGACACCAGAUAACAAU